AUGGAAAAUUCGGGGUCCCGUCUGCUCCCCCAUAGACAAGCCAUUAACCGGCAGAUUAGUAGUCAAGUGGGUGACCAUUGGCGAACACCGGCUGUUGCAUUCACCGCUAAUAACCUCCAUAAUUGCAUCAAUAUCUGCUCGACACAGGCGGCUUGCCGUGCCGCCUCCUACGCUGCUACAAGCAAGUCAUGCUGCCUCAAGUCCACUGUGAAUGCCGCCUUCGCUAACAGUAAAGUGAGCGGCCUGGUUCGCUUGCAGUAUGUACCGGCGCCGAUUGCAUGCCCGGCCGAUGGUCUGAAUCGGAUCAAGGGGGCCAGCGGAAAGGGCUUCACGGUUCAAUGCGGCACUGAUCACCCUCGUGGCGAUAUCAAAUCCGUGGCAACGCUUGACUUUGCCAACUGCAUUAGUCUCAAUAGCCAGCAGAUCAAGGAGCCAAGUGGUAGAAGCUUCACCAUUGCCUGCAAUGCAGACCGUCCGGGAGUGUUGGUUGAAAGAGACCUUGUCAACUGCUUCUACGCGGACAAACUGCCAAGUCGCCGUGCUGAGCAGCAAGAUUCCGCAGACAUCAACACGGACGACAUCAAUGUCCACAAAGAAGACGACAUCAAUAUCUACACAAAAGACGACAUCGAUAGCAACACAAAAGACCUCAUCAGCCUCUGGAGUCACGACCUCACCAGUCUCCGCCGUCACGGCCACAACGUCUACGUCCACAAAUGA